ACGGAUCAUGGCCAAACUAGAUACGCAAUGUAUGCAAGGCAGCCGGUCGGGUGCACUCUCAAGAUAGGGCCACAAGCCCAGUUGUAUUUGCUCAGUCCCUUCAGCAUUUGUUUAUUAUUUAUGCAGACGUGCUCCUCGGCUUCCAACUAAAGCGAAAGUGUCCUGCUUUCAACUAAGAAUUAUGGCGUCUUUGUUUUUACUUUUCGUCUUUACUUUUGGCCCGGCGUUAUGUAUGGCAACAUGUGGUCAGCGGCCUGUCUCGGGAACACGCAUUGUCGGGGGAGAAGAAGCAGUCCCUCACUCGUGGCCAUGGCAACUGUCACUCCAGAUGUUCGGGAUGCAUAAUUGUGGAGCGUCCUUGAUAACUCCACAAUGGGCGGUUACCGCUGCUCACUGUGUGCAGAACAACUACUGGUACUACAGUCUGCAAGCAGGUUCUCAUUUGCGUCAAGACGAUGGGGUUCAGUUGAAGAUCGCUAAGAUUAUCCCACAUAAAGGCUACAGUCGAAGUCAUCUGCGGCACGACAUCGCCCUCAUCAAACUGGCUAGUCCGGCGAAGCUGAGCCCGACCGUGAAUACAGUGUGCUUACCCAAACAGGGCAGUCUUGCUAAACCGGGCGGUAACUGCUAUAUAACAGGUUGGGGCAGAAUACUACCCAACGACUUCAAGAAAAUGGCGGGCAAACUUCAGCAGUCUCGUGUCCCUGUGAUUGACCAUAAGGAAUGCCGCUCAAAAAAUGGCGGAAAAGUCGACCAAUCAACGAUGAUUUGCAUUGGUGGCCGCGGAAGCAGCGCCUGCAAUGGGGACAGCGGUGGACCGCUUGUCUGCGAGGAGUCUGGGCACUGGGUGUUGCGUGGUUCCUCCUCGUGGGUGACUGAUCGCUCGUGCCCAGGCCACUCCUACUCUGUCUAUGCGCGCGUUAGUUCACACGUGGGUUGGAUCAAGAGCGAGAUCGGAGAUGGCGGGACAGAUUCCGGUUCCUUAGGCAGCAAUGCUGACUGCAGAGACACCUGGUGUGCUGGUGUGUUCGGUACGCCAAAUUCUGUGGAACGACUGCAAGUAUCAAAAACGUUGCAAGAAGACCUGCAAUAAGUGCUGAAGUGAGUGUUUCUAGCUUAAAAAUCAAACCUACGACGGCGCUUAAAAAGUGUGCUCUCAGAACUUGUUUUCGUGCACAGCAGCUCGGUGUAAUGAUUUUAUUUGAUAUUUGAUUUUCUUUUUUUUUUCUUUUUUCUAGAUACAGAUCGUAUAUAAUAUAAAAAUAAUAAUAUAAUAUAAAAUGAAAAUUUUUGGAGUGACACUCGCGGGGCAGGAAGCCCACGCCAGCGGUUUGAAUAACCUCAGUAGUAGCCUGCGAAAGAACACUGCUUUCGAAAAGAUAAUAGAAACCACUAAUCUUCAAACUUCGCAACAUCAAAAGCAAAACGCCGUUUUUUUCAAAAGCUGGCUGAAUAAAAUGUAAAAAUUCUUUAGCAAUGACCGCCGCAGUUGAAAAAAAAAAAAUACACACCGCACCAUUAAAUCACGGUAGCAAGUAAACUUUGUCAUUAUUCUUUCAAAACUUGAGUUGGAUUUUCUGAGAAAGUAUCUCAAGCUCCCUUGGUCUAAU